UUAAAAUAACAGUAUCUUCCCUUAUUCACUCCACACACUGCAGUAAUUUAUAGAGACAGAUACAGACACAGAGACACACAGAUGGGGAGUUGGGGUCUGUGUCUGUCCAUGUCAAUAUCCCUCGUCUCCUGGUCCUUCCUCCUCCUCUGCUGCCUGUCCAGUCCUACCCCUAACCCCCUGUCCCUUGCUGACCUGGAGGACUUGAAUGCCGUCCCAGCAGAGGUCAUCAUACACAGCUCUCCAUGCAGCACCACCUGUGGUCUGGGCCUACGCACCCAGGAGCUGUGCCCACUGAGAGAGGGCCAGGUCGGGGAGGAGAAGGACUGCCAUGUCCGGAAGGUCCGCUGUGUGGACUCCUGGCAGUGUGGUCUGCAGACUGUCACUGUGCAAGCUGGUCAGCGGUUGGAGCUGGACUGUCUGGGUGAGGUGAUGGAGGCCAUGGGUCGCUUCUCCUUCCGGGUAUCGUGGCGCCACGCCCGGGGGGUGGUGACCACCGAUGAUUCUCUGCUGGGACGCUGGGACGCCCCCAGGCUGGACCGGCUGGUCUUGGACCCGGUGAGGGAGGAGGAUGCUGGGACAUACCGUUGUGAUGUACAGGACACUGAUUACCGCAGGGUCAAGAGACUCUACCUGGGGCUCAAGGUGCUUCCUCCUGAGGCUCUCAGACUGGACUUCCCCUCUGCUCUGGCUCGGUGGGACGAUGGGGAUGAGGAUUCCCAUGGUAACAUCAUCGUGGUGAAAGAUGAUGAGGACCUGUACAGCAGCACAGUCAUCAAGGAUAUCGUGUUGAAAAGCCUCUGGCUCGCGGUGGUCGUCUUCUUCUUUGGUAUCUUGUCAUUUUAUUUAACGAGGUAUGUACAGGGAAUACGCCCUGGCCCGUGUCUGCCUGGGCCGCCCCGAUGGUCCACCUCUCCCUAACAGAACCUAUUUCUCCAUUAAUACCAUCACGCCACCAGCAGGAGGCACUGUUGACCCCAUUUGUACUGCCGCUGAUAGACACAAAUAAAUGGCCUGUGGGCUACUACUACCGUGCACAAACAAUUCGUUGGACUAUGAAUGGUGUCGUUUGUUUGUAGAGAAAAACAUUUAGUCAGAACAUUUACUCAAUGUAAAAGCCACUCAACAUGAAACUUUAGCCUGUUUGACAACAGUUUGUAAUGUUGAGAGCUCAUGUUUACAUGAGAAUUAGUGGAGACUGCUGAGGGGAUGACGACUCAUAAUAAUGUCUGGAAUGGAGUAGAAUGUGUGGAUCGGAGUAAAUAGAAUGGUGUCAAACGUGUGUUUCAUUCCAUUUAGUCCAUUCCAGCCUUUAUUAAGAGCCAUCCUCCCCUCAGCAGGCUCCACUGGAAUCUGAAGACAGACUAUCAAGCUUUUAUGUACAGACAGAUUUCAUGAAAGGAGAUGUCUGUUUUCCCAGCCUGAGAAGGGAGUUAUUGCUUCCUUGAAAUGUAAUGGUGUGUUAAAAAAGGACAACUAGUUGUUUUCUGGGAAAGGACGAGGGAUGAUUUUUCCUGCAUCAUCUCACAAUAACUGUAAAAUGGUACAAGUACCUUCCAAUUAUUUCCCCCCAAAAAGCAUUAUCUUCUUCAUAGAAAAUAAAUAAAAUAAAUACAUAAAUAUAAAUAAAUAAUAAAUACAUAAAAUAAUAGUAUUUCUAAAGGUUAGACUCGAUCUAAGGAAUCAUAAUUUCGACCUGACGAAGGUCUGUGUCAUGUCUGUAUGUUGUCAGUAAAAGUGGUCAUUUUAGUGUCCUCUGUUCAAGUAAAAAAGAAGAAGAAGGACUUCCUUAUCCCAACGUCUGCAUCAUUUCACCCCCCCAAAAAAAGGUGCCUUUUGCGUCCCUUUAAUACUUUAAGUAGAAAUUGUGCACCAGUAUUGAAUUUUAAAAGCCUGUUACAUUUAAAUGAAGUGCCCUUUAAUUUUAGACCACAUAGAGAAUUCAAUAAAUCCGAUUUUUUUAAUGUGAAUAAAGUCUUGCUAAAGUUCCAAAAUUCAUGCAUUUUUACAUGUCCCUGUGAUAACCCUUGUGUCGCUUCUGUUUUUUAACCACUUAAUCAAACAUUUAUCAGAAGUUUCUCCAUCACUGUAAAGUCCUAGUUAGCUUGUUGCUUUGACAACCGUCUGAAGACAACUAUUCAUUUACCGUCUGUCCUUCAGGUUAAAGGUCAACCGUGUUACACGUGAACUGA